UCCACCCACCUUGGUGGGAGGGUCAAAGGUAAGCCAUUUUUGGAAUGCUUUCGUAUUGUUGUUUUGAUAAAAACUACAUAAAAUGAAAUGUGUCACUGUCACCAUUUUCAAGCAUACACUUCAGUGGCCUUCAGCAUAUUCACUUUUACAACAUCUUCAUCAUCCAUCUCUUAAUCUGCACAGAAACUCUGCCCAAUAGCGAGUCGAUCUUACCCCGCCCCCUUGGUAACCUCUGUCAUACCUUCUCUCAUUUGCCAAUUCUAGGUACCUCAUAGAUUAGUGGAAUGAUGCGAUGAUAUUUGUCCUUUUUCCUGAUAUUUAUUUCACUGCAUCUGAGUUCACCCAUGUUUUAGCCUGUGUCAGAUUUUCAUUCCUAUGAAGACUGAAUAAUAUCCCACUGCUUGUAUAGCUCACAUUUUGUUUGCCCACUCAUCUCUUGAUAGGUGCCUGGGUUGGUGCUGUCAUUUGGUUAUCGGUGAGCAAGGCUGUGGCGGAUGGUGGUGCAUAAACGUCUGCUGAAAUGCUUGUUUUCCAUUAUUUCGGUCAUACACCCAGAAGUGGAAUUGCUUGAUUGGAGGCCAUUCUGCUGAGCUCUGAGGAAUAGCCCCGCUGGUCCCCACAGCUCUGCCCCCUCUUACCACCCCACCAGCCACUUACCAGGGGUCCAGUUUAUUCAGUGUCCCCAGUGGCUCUUGUUACAGUCCCUUCUUUUCCUGCAGGUUUAACUGUUUGUAGUUGGCUACCUUCAAAAGGGGUCUGACAUGAUGUAUCUUAAAAUCCAGUCUUGAUUUUGAAAUUAUAACUGUUUUGUAUUAGUUGCUUUUCUCUUAAAUACGAAAUAUGAAUGGAGGAAAUAUGAGCAGCAAUAGGUAUGCUAGUCGGCUUCGCAUCACUGACCAAAAUACCUGACCAGAAAAAUUUAGGAGGAGGAAAAGUUUAUUUUGGCACACAGAUUCAGAUGUGUAGACCAAGGUGAGGCAGAACAUCGUGGGGGAAGGGUGUGGUGGAGGAGACCCACCACACCAUUCAUGGUGGCCAGGAAGCAGAAAGAGGGAGGGAAAGGGGGCUGGCCACAGGGAAAGUGAACCCUUCCAUCCCACACCCCCCAGUGACCCACCUCCUUCAGCCACGCCCCACCUGCCUGCAGUUACCACCAGUCAGUCCACUCAAAGUAGGGUGAACCGCCUCACCUCUGAACAUUCCUGCAUCAACAUCUAAACCAUAACAGCAGGAAUUUAAAUAAAAGCUAAAGUGGGACUGCAUGCCAUUCGGGUUUAGACCAACUCCAGGUGCCAGCCCCUUGGUAGCAGUCUCCACAUGGUUGAGCCAUGUGGCAUGCCCUUUAAUGAUGUCCACUAUGAAGGGCACAUCAGGUGAGAGCCUGCACCUUCAGAGUGGUCACUCCCUGGUGUCCAGCCUCCCACCUCCUCCCUUCCCUUCCCCUUUCCUCCAUUCCCUGCCUGCCUCCUGCCAUAGCUCUCUACCCUUCCCUGCCAGUUCCUCAGGGUCUGCUCAUGGCCCCAGGAUGAACAAUUUCUUCUCCUAAACUGAAGUCCAUCAGCAUUUUUAGUAUUAUUCCUGUUCUCUCUCUGGUGGGUUAUUUGCUUUUAGAAACAAUAUUAUAGCAAAUAUUCAUCAGUAUUUUUUUAUGAAGCAGUUGCUCCUAGAGCAUGAAAUAGAUAAGUUUCUUUGCCUUAUUAUUAUUAUUUUUUUAAGAAAGCAAACAUUCCUGAAACACUCAUGAAGUGAGGUGCUCUAUUUAAAGCAAGUGUGCCCAGGAGGCACGGGCACAGCAUGGCAGUUGGGGGAAAUCACUUAGCGCCAUCAAGGAUAAUGAUUUUCUCUCUGUGAUAAUCUGCUUGAGUUACACUUUGAAGUUCUUAAGAAGGAAAUUAAUUCCCCACCCCAAAUUUGUUGUAUUUUAAGAUUCAAUAAAAUAGAUAUGUGGAAAGUGAGCAUGUCAAGGCUAUUUCCAACUAUUCAAUGACAGUGGUUGCGGAAGAUAUAGCAGUUAUAAAGUCAACCUAGGAGCAUCAGUUAGGAAUUUAGAAGAGCGGUGAAAGCUGUGGUCAGGUUGGAAUUGGGGUGAUCUGAGCUCUCCAUUGUUACUCAUGGUGAAGGGAGAAUGCAAAUACAUGCAUUCAUGCAUGCCUUUAUACCUACCAAAGAACACAGGAGAGAGAACCUAUUGAAGGAGAAUACCAGUUAACUAUCCCCUAUCCAGAAUUCCAGACACCAAAAGAAUUUGAAUUUCAGACUUAUUUCAAAUUUUAAAUAUUUGCACUGUAUGUUUGAGGCAUCUUGGGGCUGGGACCCAGUUCUAAACGUGAAAUUCUUCUGUUUCAUAUGCACCUUAUACACAGUUGCUGGAGGUGAUUUUAUGCCGUGUUUUUAGGGUGCUUAUGUUUUGACUGCACCCCCCACAUGAAAUCAUUUGUGUGGUUUUCCACUCGGGGUAUCACGUCGGGUGCACAAAACAUUUUGGAUUUUGUAGCAUUUUUGAUGUUAGAUUUUUGGAUUGGGAACACUCAGCCUGUGUGAAUAGGUUAAUCAUUUGCUGCAAAAUUCCUCUCAAGUGUAUGGUAAUCACCUUCCUGAAUUUUCAAAUAUUAACAUACUUAGGGAAAUGCUGAGUGGGUUGAUGUGUUCCUUGUUUCUUGGGGAAAAAGAAUCAAAUGGCACCAAUAAUAAUAAUUGAGAUGGAUAUAAUGAAAAGUAUGUUUCAAAUUUAAUGAUAAAAUAUGUUCUUCUACACCUUUCUAACCUCCUAGAAACAUUGUUGUGUCUGAAAGCAGUCGUCUUCUGUUUAAAAUGGUGGCUGGGAUUUGUCUUGAUGCCCAAUGUCAGGAGGCCCCCAGGCACUGUCCUCUAUAAGGUGCCCGCAGGACAGGGUCGCUCUUAAGGAGAAGUCCUGCCCCUGCUCUCUGGUUCUUCUCGGGGUCAUUAACUUCUUUUCAGAUUAGACUCUGGUUGAACCUGGGCCAUUUGGGAUAUUUUACUAACAAGUAUUCUAGACUCGAUAAUAAGGAAUAAUUUCCAUUGAAAAUCAAACGAAGCCUGGCUUGAUGAAGCACAGCUGUAACCGGGGCUUUUGACAGCCCAGCAAUUUCUGCAAAUGGUUCAUAAUUGAUUGCCUUCUCUCUCCUUAAGGGUGCCUAUUACUGUCACCGCUCUUUGUGUGACCCUGUCAGCCUCUCCUGGGUGGGGGAUCUCCCCCCCCCCCAGUAUUGUUAGCAAUUAGCAUGUGCAAUUGUAAUAGUUGGGAGUUUGAAAGGAAUAAACAACUUUUCUUCAGGCGAGGGGGUUGAAAGGGUUUUGGGUUUGUCGUGGGAAUUCAAGGUGUGUGAAGCGGUCCCCCCACGGACUUGGCGCUGGCUCUGAAGACGUAGCACUUGGUGGCUCUGCCGUCUCCACGUCUGCCAUAACCUGGUACCUCUCCAGGCAGGCAGGCUCACAGAGUGGGGUGGGCAUCUAGAGGAAGAGGGUGAGCCUUCCCCAGUCACUGCUUUGGCUGCUUUGGAGGAAGAGGGCGGUGGUGCUAGGAUGUCCUCGUGGAUGUGACUGGGAGGAACAGUUUGGGAUUUUUUUCAUUUCAUUGCCUGGGGAUGAGAGUGGGAGAGGACGUGCCUCACACGUCUCCCUGCAGCCGACUUGGAUGUGAUCCUUUCUCUCAGAGGGAGCAGUUUCCUUUGAACUUCUCUCUUUUAUGUACAGCAUAGUGCUGAACAGAUUGCCGCGCUGUGCAGGGACUUUACCGACACCCAGACCAACAGCAUGGAGGGACCCAGGGAGAGUCAGGACCCGCCUCCAAGGCCAUUGGCACGCCACCUCUCUGAUGCAGACCGCCUCCGGAAAGUCAUCCAGGAGCUGCUGGACACCGAGAAGUCCUACGUGAAGGAUCUGAGCUGCCUCUUUGAAUUAUACUUGGAGCCUCUUCAGAAUGAGACUUUUCUAACCCAAGAUGAGAUGGAGUCGCUUUUUGGAAGCUUGCCAGAGAUGCUGGAGUUUCAGAAGGUGUUUCUGGAGACACUGGAGGAUGGGAUCUCGGCUUCCUCUGACUUUGAUGUAUUGGAAACCCCCUCACAGUUUAGAAAACUGCUGUUUUCCCUUGGAGGCUCUUUCCUCUAUUACGCAGACCACUUUAAACUGUACAGCGGAUUCUGUGCUAACCAUAUUAAAGUACAGAAGGUUCUUGAGCGUGCCAAAACCGACAAGGCCUUUAAGGCUUUUCUGGAUGCGCGGAAUCCCACCAAGCAGCACUCCUCCACCCUGGAGUCUUACCUCAUCAAGCCGGUUCAGCGAGUGCUCAAGUACCCUCUGCUGCUCCGGGAGCUCGUGUCCCUGACCGACCAUGAGAGCGAGGAGCACUACCACCUGACAGAGGCACUGAAGGCAAUGGAAAAGGUAGCAAGCCACAUCAAUGAGAUGCAGAAGAUCUAUGAGGACUACGGGACCGUGUUUGACCAGCUGGUAGCUGACCAGAGUGGUCCAGAGAAGGAGGUAACAGAACUUUCCAUGGGGGAACUCCUGAUGCACUCUACAGUUUCCUGGCUGAAUCCGUUCUUGUCUCUAGGAAAAGCCAGAAAGGAUCUUGAGCUUACGGUAUUUGUUUUUAAGAGAGCUGUCAUAUUGGUUUAUAAAGAAAACUGUAAACUGAAAAAGAAAUUGCCCUCGAAUUCCCGGCCUGCGCACAACUCCUCUGACUUGGACCCGUUCAAAUUCCGCUGGUUGAUUCCCAUAUCGGCCCUUCAAGUGAGGCUGGGGAACUCGGCAGGGACAGAGAAUAAUUCCUUAUGGGAGCUGAUCCAUACAAAGUCAGAAAUAGAAGGACGGCCAGAAACCAUCUUUCAGCUGUGUUGCAGUGACAGCGAGAGCAAAACCAGCAUCGUGAAGGUGAUCCGCUCUAUUCUGCGGGAAAACUUCAGGCGCCACAUCAAGUGUGAGCUACCUCUGGAGAAGGCGUGCAAGGAUCGCCUGGUCCCACUGAAGAACCGCGUUCCAGUUUCAGCCAAAUUAGCCUCGUCCAGGUCUUUGAAAGUCCUCAGGACCUCUGCCAGCAGCGAUUGGCCCAGUGAGUCCAGCAAGGGUCACUCUCUGGACUCGGACGAGUGCAGCUUGAGCAGCGGCACCCAGAGCAGUGGCUGCCCUGUGGCUGAGAGCAGGCAGGAAUGCAAGAGCGCGGCUCCCGGGAGGGACCCCCACGUUGGCCCAGCAGAGUUUCCAGACAGUCUCAUCAAAGAGAGCGAUAUUCUGAGCGACGAAGAUGAGGACUGCCACCAGACACUGAACCAGGGCAGCCCUACCAAGGACAUCGAAAUUCGGUUCCAAAGACUAAGAAUCUCUGAGGACCCUGACCCACUCCCGGCUGACCAACAGCCGGGCACCAGGGCUGACGAGGGCCAGAAGGGAGGGGAGCAGCCCAAGCUGGUCCGGGCCCACUUCUGCCCCAUUAAACGAAAAGCAAACAGCACCAAGAGGGACAGAGGGACUCUGCUCAAGGCGCAGACUCGUCACCAGUCCCUUGACAGUCAACCCGAAAACGCCAACAUUGAUCUAAAUUCAGUUCUAGAGCGGGAAUUCAGUGUCCAGAGCUUAACUUCGGUUGUCAACGAGGAGUGCUUUUAUGAAACAGAGAGCCAUGGAAAAUCAUAGUGCAGCUCGAUCCAGACGCGGAUGACACUGAUCCUUGACUUUUAAAAUUGGUGAAGUGGAAACUGCAGAAAGACCAUUACUGGGUUUUGUGCAGUAUAUAUUUUCCCACAAAAACAUUGUAAAGAUUUAAGUUAUUUUAAUUUAUUGUGGACCAGAAAACCAGAUUAAACUGGUCAGAAUCUGUAAAUUAGUUUAUAUCCCUUUUUGAGCAGGUAUCAAAAUGAUUUAGAAUCCUUAAAAUAAUUAGAAUGAAAUUUUAUUUUAAGUUAUGUGGAAAAAGUAAGGUCGGGGAAGUUGUGAUUAAUAGCUUUAAAGGGGUCCUUUUCCCCCCAGAAGCUUCUGGGCAUUUUCUUUGAGCUGUUAGUUUUUGCUUUAUUUAAAGCAAAUUUAAGUUAUUUUAAUGUGGUUUAGGGACACAAUGUGCAGAGAUUUCAUUUUUGUAAGGUUGUAAUAGAUGCUGUUUAUACUAAACUUGUCAUAUCUAUGCAGUAUAUAUUAAAAGAAAGCUGGUACUGUA